AUGGAUUACCAACGUCUUCACAGUCACUUUUUCUUCUUUUAUUUAUUUACUAACUGCUUAUUUAUUUUACCUCAAGCCAAGGGACAUAUUUUGCUUGAUAUGAAGGCAUCUGGGGGAGAGUUGGGCUGGCUGACACUACCAAAUGAAGAAGGGUGGGAGAUAGUCCAGACGGUGGUGAAUGGCUCCCUUCUAUACACAUACAGUGUAUGCAAUGUAGCCAGUGAUACAGAACAAGACAAUUGGCUUCGUACUACCUUUAUCCAGCGCCCUCUCGAGGCUUCACGCGUUUCUGUGGAACUACGUUUUGUCGUCCGCGACUGCAAAACUUUUGAAGAAACAACUCUUUCUUGUCGUGAAACGUUUGGCCUAUACAUAUCUGAAACCAACACAGAUGUUGGCACCAAUUUCAGGAAGGGUCAGUUUCGCAAGAUUGCAACAGUGGCUCCUGACGAGGUAACUGCAAACAAGGAUGGUGGACGAGCAUCUGUGAGGGUGAAUGUGGAGGCCCGCAGCAUCGGGCCCCUUUCCAAAAAAGGUUUCUACCUGGCUUUCCAAGACAUCGGUGCAUGCGUUGCUCUGCUGGGUGUGAGGGUGUUUUACACUACAUGUCCAUCCACAAGACGCAAUCUGGCCACUUUUCCCGAGCAAGUGACUUCAACAGCCCUCACUGAGGUGGAGGGAACCUGUGUGAAGGACGCAGUUACUAUCAGCCAGACGCCUCCUCGGAUGUACUGCACUGCUGAGGGAGAGUGGGUUGUGCCUGUCGGACAGUGCCUAUGCAGAGCUGGCUACCAGGCCGUAGGACAAAGUUGCCAAGCAUGUGAAGAAGGUUUCUACAAGAACUCUGAUUCCAACAAGCCCUGUCAAGCCUGUCCAGAAAACACCCAGAAAUCAGGGACUGGUGCACUUAAAUGUCCUUGUCUGGAAGGUUUCUACAGAGCACCUACGGAUUCCAGCUCUGCUCCAUGUUCUGGUCCACCUGGUCCCCCAGAAGACCUCACAUCCAAUCCCCUGCUCACUGUUGGGAGCGUACAACUGAUGUGGAGACCGCCAGCUAACACGGGUGGGAGAAAGGAUGUCACCUACAAUGUGCUUUGCGAGCGCUGUAAUGGUGCCCUGUGUGUGCCAUGUGGAGGAAGAGUGCGCUUUGAGCCAACACCAUCAGCACUGAGUGAACCCGAGGUUACUGUGAGCGAGCUGGAGCCUCAUAUCAAUUACACAUUCACAGUGGAAGCCCUGAACGGAGUGUCCCAGUUUAGCCGUCAGAAAUCUGUCAUUAGCAUUACCACCGUGCUACAUUUCACAGACCCUCCUAAAGUAACAUCCAUCAGAGCAGUGGAUCGUACCGCUAGUAGUCUUUCUCUAUCCUGGGCUGUGGAUCUCAACUCACGGUCCCAUCUUGCUCCACAGUAUGAGCUUAUGUACCGCAUCAAGGAUGAUCAGGAAGAUCAAGAUGUCACUACAUACACCGUUCUUAGGCUGGAGAAGAACACGGUUCAGAUCAAAGACCUCUUACCUGGCACUAAAUAUGUGUUUCGUGUCCAGACACUAACACCAGAUGGUCAUCCAAGCAGCCAGAGUGCAGAACAUGAGUUUGAGACACUGCCAUUAGCUGAAUCACAGACACAGGGCAGUUCUAUGAUUGUAAUGGGAGCCAUCGCUGGAGGUGGAGUCAUGUUGCUGAUCGUGGUGGUCAUUUUAUUCCUACACAAAAGGAGACUGAAUUCGCAUGUCCGGCAGAGAACAGGCGGGGACUACUUCUCUUGCCCAGAUAAACUGCAGCCUCUGAAGACUUAUGUGGAUCCACACACCUAUGAGGACCCCUGCACUGCUGUCCUUAAGUUUGCCAGCGAAAUUCAUCCCAAUCAUAUUACCAAGCAAAAAGUCAUUGGAGCAGGAGAGUUUGGUGAGGUGUACCGCGGUGUGCUGAAGCUGCCGGGACGCAGUGAGGUUGCUGUUGCGGUAAAAACACUAAAACCAGGCUACAGCGAAAAGCAGAGGCAGGAAUUCCUGAGUGAGGCCAGCAUCAUGGGCCAGUUCUCCCACCAGAACAUCAUACGCCUGGAGGGGGUCGUCACAAAGUUCAAACAUGCCAUGAUUGUUACCGAGUAUAUGGAAAAUGGAGCCCUGGAUCAGUACUUGAGGGACCAUGAUGAAGAGUUGUCCUCAUACCAGUUAGUGGGCAUGCUUAGUGGCAUCGCAGCAGGAAUGAAGUAUCUCUCAGAUAUGAACUACGUGCACAGAGAUCUCGCUGCCCGCAACAUCUUGGUGAACAGCAACCUGGAGUGCAAAGUGUCAGACUUUGGCCUGUCUCGCGUCCUAGAGGACUAUCCCGAGGGCACAUACACUACCACUGGGGGAAAGAUUCCUAUUCGCUGGACAGCACCAGAGGCCAUAGCUUACAGGAAGUUUACCUCAGGCAGUGACGUGUGGAGUUUUGGAAUAGUCAUGUGGGAGGUGAUGGCAUUUGGAGAGAGACCAUACUGGGAUAUGAGCAAUCAUGAGGUGAUGAAAGCUAUACAUGAAGGCUUCCGGCUGCCGGCACCAAUGGACUGCCCGUCUGCUAUCUACCAGCUGAUGCUACAGUGCUGGAUGCAGGAGCGUUCCAAACGCCCACGCUUCCUUGAUAUUGUCAAUGUCCUGGACAAACUUUUGCACAAUCCUGAAUCUCUCACAGCCAUCGCCAACAUAGACUUACGAGUGUCCAUUCGCCUGCCUAGCACAAGUGGAAAUGACGGAGGCCCAUUCAGAUCUGUUGAUGAAUGGUUGGAGUCUAUCAAGAUGGGCCAGUAUGAAGAAGCUUUUUCCCAUGCUGGAAUCACCACCAUAGAGCAGGUGCUGCACUUGAAAACUGACGAUAUCAGAAAGAUUGGGGUGAGGUUGCCAGGUCACCAGAAAAGAAUGUCCUACAGCAUUUUGGGACUGCAGGAGCCCACUGUGGGUCAGAUGGGUGUGUUUGCAGUGUGACGUCCAGAUUCAGCUCUGGAGCUGCAAACUGAUAAUAUGCACAGCCGAGCUGGCCUUAAACCUGAACUUUACUUGCACGUGGAUGGUUGACAGAUAAGAAGAAUAUAAGACACAAAUUGCUCAUUGAACUGGACCUCAGUGACCAAGUGGACCAACUGAAUACUUCAAAAAUAAUGACUGAAAAGAGACUGGUUAUUUGUACUGAUAUUUUUACUCUCUAUGUGCACAUGUGCAUUUUGUGACUGUAUGUGAUUUUCUGACAGACCUGCUUUUUGUCCUUAUUUCAAAUGUUGGCCAGUAAUAGAUUACAGGUUCACUAGAGCAUGUUAUCCCAAAUGUUCUGCAAAACCAAUAAGUAAAUCUAUUUUAAGAGUAUAUUUUAAAUUUAGGAUUGUGAAUAGUCCAGGUGUUGGAAGAUAGUUAGGAAAUGCUUGAAUAAUUCAUGCAAUGCAAUGUCUUCUGAUUUCCAGAAAAUCAGGUUGUACACUAAUAAGAGGCAGUAUGUUUACAGACAUUUUUAGCUCUUUUUUUUCAUUAUUUAAUAUUUAUUGUGUUUUUUUUUAAUUUAUUGUCUGUUUAUAGAUAACUGGCUAUGUACAAAAAAUGCAUAUGUUGUGUAUAUGUUUAGUAAUAAAAUAUGUUUU